AGGGCUCAGCACAAAGCCACCCUCGGGACACCAGCGACAUGGCUCAGCCCGCGCCCCGAGCCCAGCCUCCAGGCGGUUCGCAGCUGAGGUUCCUGCUGUUCCUGCUGCUGCUGCUGCUGCUGCUGUCGUGGCCGCCCGCAGGGGACGCGCUGGCGGUGCCCGAGGCGCGACGCUCCCACCCGGAGACGCAACUCGACUCCCGGGAGCUACGAGGUCGCUUCCAGGACCUGCUGAGCCGGCUGCAGGCCAACCGGAGCCGGACAGACUCGAACUCAGAACCCACUCCACACGUGGCUGUCCGGAUACUCACUCCAGAAGUGCGACUGGGGUCCCACGGUCACCUGCUGCUCCGCGUGAACCGGUCGUCGCUGACCCACGGCCUCCCCGAAACCUAUCGCGUGCACCGAGCCCUGCUCCAGCUGACGCCGUCGUCCCGGCCCCGGGAUGUCACCGGGCCCCUGCGGCGCGCGCUCAACCUCCAGGAGCCCCGCGGCCCCGCGCUGCGCCUGCGCCUGGCGCCCUCCCCCGACGCGGCCGUGCUGCCCUCUGGCGGUGCGCGGCUGGAACUGCACCUGCGCGCGGCCGCCGGCAGGGGGCGACGCAGCGCGCACGCGCGCCCGAGAGACUCGUGCCCGCUGGGUCCCGGGCGCUGCUGUCACCUGCAGACCGUGCAGGCGACGCUCGAGGACCUGGGCUGGAGCGACUGGGUGCUGUCCCCGCGCCAGUUGCAACUGAGCAUGUGCGUGGGCGAGUGCCCCCACCUCUACCGCUCCGCCAGCACGCACGCGCAGAUCAAAGCGCGCCUGCACGGCCUGCAGCCCGACCGGGUGCCGGCCCCGUGCUGCGUCCCCUCUGGCUACACCCCGGUGGUGCUCAUGCACAGGACCGACAGCGGCGGCGUGUCGCUGCAGACCUACGACGACCUGGUGGCCCGGGGCUGCCACUGCGCAUGAGCGCCGGGUCGCGCCCCUCACCUGCACUCCCCCCCCCCUCCAGGACGCUAUUUAUAUUUGUAUUUAUUCAUAUUAUUAAUUUAUUGGGGUCGGGAAGGGUGGAUGGAUUGUGUAUUUAUUUAAAUACUCUGCUAAUAAUAAACGUGAGCCUGGUUUCUAUGGGGCGUCUCGUUGACCUCAGCAGCAUACCUGCCUUCCUAAGCCUCAGUGACCCCCAAGGGAUCAGCUGAAGGACCGAGUGGACGAGGGAAUGCUCAGAGGGUGAAGGGGCUUGCUGCCAAGCCUGAUGAUGUGAGUUCAAUUCCCGGGAACUCAGAUGGUUGCAUGGUGGGAGGAUCCUUGAUAGCCCCGCCCACCCUGAU